AUGGCAAAAGAGAUCGCAGAGGCAAAGACAAGCACUGCCAUCAAAUUCACACACCAAUCCGAAAAGCUAUCCCUCCAGGCACAUGACGCCAAAGAUGAGGACAGCAGGGGCGCCCUGGCCGUCGAGGCGCGCUUUAUCACCCCACAAGAUCCAGUGAUUGAGACUGAGAAUGGUGCAAGACUGCCGGCAGUACCACUGAAGGAGGCAUUGGAGCUGAAUAGAUUAAGAGACCAGGUCAAAGGCCAGAGCUCCAAGUCUAACCACCAAAGGCAUGACCCAGCGCGUCUAAAACACGAGGAAACCGGUGAAGCGUCAAGUCAAGCAGAGUCUACACAGUCCACCAGACCGGACGCAUCUCUACGCAACGCUAUACCUCCCUCGAGAACGAAUCCUCUAUUUCCAGAAUUACCCCUAUAUGGGCCCCCAUCCGUACUACGAGACAUACAGUGCAUCGGCUUCCGAGUCUCGUCAGCUAUACUUUCUCUUGCUUUUCUCGGCGUCAUUGUCCUCGGAUCAGCAUUUACCAGUAUACCGUUAAUGUUUCAGCACAUAGGAAUACGUUUGGCCUUCCGCAAUCCUGACGCGCGACGGCCGUUCUACGAAGAAGAAAGGAGGAGACAACAUAUCAGGGAUGAGGAGGCAAGGGAGUGGAAGAUAAAACGACGGCGCAAGAGGAGUUCGAAUGCCGAAGACGGUAACGAGGAAGAGGAGGCCGGUCAGCGAGAUGAGGAAUUCGAGCCUACAGAAGGUGGCCCAGAUCCCCUUGUUUGCGAUCUUGGGUACUACGCGCGAAGGGUAGGCCUGGACGCGGAAAGCUACGAGGUCAUGACCGAGGACGGCUUUAUUAUUCAGCUCGACCAUGUAUACAACCCGAAAGAAUACAGACCCGCUUCUCCAUCCCAGCGCGCCCAUGGUGCCCCCGUCGUCUUCCCCAAGGCUUUCGACCACGACCGCUCCAAUGACAGCCGCGCUACAUCGUCAUCAUCGACAAACUCGUCGAGAACUUGCAAAUACCCCAUUCUCCUCAUCCACGGUCUCCUUCAAUCGUCAGGCGCGUACUGCGCUAAUGAUGACUCCUCCCUAGCCUUCUAUCUGUGCAAAUCCGGAUACGACGUCUGGCUCGGCAACAACCGCUGCGGGUUCAAUCCACAGCACCAACUUCUUAAAACCACCGACCCCAGAAUGUGGAAUUGGAAUAUCCGACAGAUGGGCGUCAUGGAUCUUCCCGCUCUUGUGUCUCGCGUGCUUUUCGAGACUGGAUUCUCAAAGUUAGGCCUGAUCUGCCACUCGCAAGGGACGACUGCAACAUUUGUGGCAUUAGCAAAGGAGCAGCGGCCGGACCUGGGAGAGAAGCUUAGCGUCUUCUGUGCACUUGCACCGGCGGUGUAUGCGGGGCCUUUGAUUGGGAAAAUGUAUCUGAAAUUCAUGCGGAUAAUCUCACCAGGCAUGUUCCGCAUUAUGUUCGGGAUCCAUUCCUUCAUCCCUUUCAUGAUGACAAUGCACUCGUUUCUGCCAGGACGCCUUUAUGGCGCACUAGGCUACCGCGUCUUCUCUUUCCUCUUCAACUGGACCGACGAUCGCUGGGACCAGGGGCUUCGAAACCGCAUGUUCCAAUUUGCGCCUGUGUACGUGAGCGCAGAGAGUAUGCGCUGGUGGCUUGGUCGUGAAUGCUUCGCGAGCCAGAAAUGCAUCCUCGCUACUCGCGAAGAAGGAGAAAUCGAAGAUGAAGAGGAUGAAGAAGAAGACGAUUAUUACGCCCACAGCACCGAACACUCAACAGAACGCAUGUUGGACGGUCAGAGCCACCCGGACCAACCUCAUCCCGAUCGCGGCCGCAAAGCCUGGUUCGACGAGCGCGUCCCACCAUUUGCCCUCUGGGUCGCGGGCUCUGACGAACUGGUCGAGGGCCGACGGCUGCUCCGACGAUUCGAAAGGGGUAGAGAGCCUCAUGUUCGAGUCGUGCAUUCGAAGAUUAUAGAAGAGUAUGAGCAUCUAGACGUCCUCUGGGCCAUUGACAGCGUCGAAAAGGUCGCAAACGAGGUCAGAGAGGUACUCUGGAAAACGGUACCCGAAAACUUGAGAGUUCGAUGUAGAGUGCCGAAGCAGUGCGAAGGAGUGGGCGUUUGGGAGGACCCAGGGCGGAAGGGGCCGUGA